CCCUGCGCGCUCCCCUCGUUAGGCUUGUGCGCGGCGCUGUUAGGCAGGAGUGGGUGUGUAUGUGAAUGCACGCCAGCUCACUAUCUAUCUCUAGUAUUAAGUGGAGCCCGAAGCUCUCGCAAGCAGAACAAGGCUGGGUGUAGCUACAAUAAAGAUGGAAGGAACAGGGUCUUUCGGAGCCGGUAGAGCUGGGGGCGUCUUCGACCCUGUCGCCUUUAUCAAACAGCCACAGACCGUUCUCAGAAUACUAUCUUGGAUUUUCUCUAUUGUCGUGUUUGGAUCCAUAGUGAACGAAGGCUACGUAAACAGUCACAGCAACAUACUGCGCUGUGUUUUCAACCAGAACGACAUUGCCUGCAAUUACGGGAUUACCAUCGGGGUGGCAGCGUUUUUUGCUUCCAUGUUCUUCUUCGUCUUGGACAUUUAUUUCCCCCAAAUCAGCAGCGUGAAGGACAGGAAGCGGGCAGUGCUAGUGGAGCUUGGCUUCUCAGGUUUCUGGACGUUCCUGUGGUUCGUUGGAUUCUGCUUCCUGGCCAACCAAUGGCAACACACCUCGUCCGACGAGCUGCCUCUGAACCAGGGGGCCGACGCAGCCAGGGCCGCCAUUGCAUUCUCCUUCUUCUCCAUCGUCUCCUGGGCUGGCCUCACUGCGAAGGCGCUCCAGAGAUACUGCCUGGGCACAGACAUGUCCCUCUUCACCACGGAGAACGUCGAGGGUAUUCCCAACGUGGAGCCCUACCCUGGCUACCCAACAGGCAGCGGCAUGGAGACUGCAGAUACCUACCAGAGCCCUCCGUUCACCGAGAGCCUGGACAGGGGCCCCAAGGGCUUCCAGGUGCCAACCUACUAGGACUCGCUAAGCUGUGUAAACAUGCAUCCGAUCCGUCUGUGGUGCAGUGGCAUGCGUUGGGUGGAUUGCUGCCAAGUGUAACAUGAAGUCAAUUCUGAUGUGGCCUAUCGCUAAUGGGCUUACCGUGUUUAUAGGUAGUUGUGACCUCUGUACAGGGUCAGUAUGCUGGAUGUAUUUUUAUCUUUGUUCUGAUAGGUAGGUAGGUUCUAGUUUGGGUAAGUGGUGUCCAUAAAAUCAACAGUGUUCCCUCUGAGUCCUUUUUUCAUUAUAAACGGCCAAGUCUUACAGGAAGAAGUAAUGGGGUUUCAUCACAACCAAAUCAGAUCCUGCUUCUUCUGUCUAUUGCUGCAGCUUAAUUGGCUAAACAUACCGCUUGAAAAACUGCAACAUGUUCAAUUUAAACACGUGCAAAUGGAGGGGUGCCAUAGAAAUGAAGCAGUUCCGCAUGGUUUGGUGUCCUGACGGUUCUGCUGUUCGGUGGUGUGGGCGAAUGGAUAAAUGUCACGUGCCGUGUGCGCAGUUGCCUUAUUUCUAUGACAGUAUUGCGUUAGUUAAUGAAUCUGUCCUGAUUGUGAAGCUUAUUGAGGUUUGCAGAUUUAAGAACCGAUUUUAAAUUUGAAAUACCAAUGCAAAAAAACCCCAAAACAAACAAAAAAAAAACAAUGCAAACCGACUGCACUACCCACGUAUGUUUAGGAAUCUGUUAUUGAAAUAAUUCAGACACAUGCAGCACCACACCCGUGUUACUUGGUAUAAUAUUGAUUCCACAGGGCCGUAUUAAAAGAUGCUAAAAAUUGAUCAAAAUGCAUUUUAUGAAGUGCUAGCUAAAAUCUUCAAGGGUAACAGCGAUCACUUUUCUGUUAGAAAAACCUUCGCACAUAAAUGAUGACAGUAAGCAGGAGGUCAGCAUUUUGUUUUGGAGUUAAGUUUAAUAUCAGAGCUGUACUUCCUAGCCUGUUUGUUUUGAAUUAGCCUUCUUCAGUGGGAGCACUGGGUAGAAACUCAACGCAGCACAGAGACUUCAUUGUACUGUAGAUAAAGAUUUGUUAAAUGUUUUCCAAUACUUUUACUGCUUGUAGUGCAAAAUCAACGAACUGUGACUCGUACGGUGUAUUAGUUCUGUUAAAGUUUUUGAAAGUGCAGUGUUAUUCCCUGUUAAUCUAUAGGACGUAGUGCUGUAAGUAGGGUUGACCAAGUGUUAAAGUGAAAUUCUGUACCAAUGUGAAUGUAAGCUCACCAUGCCUACAUUAUUAUUAUUUUAAAUGCAGAAAUACAAUUUUAAAGAGCUUCUACCAAAAGGGAUCCUCUCAAAAGUUUUGAAAAACUACACACUGUCGUCGUAACAGUGACAAUUUAAUGAGGCCUUGCCAUUCUGACUUGCAUUGCUGCUGUUUUAAUUAAAAUACCAAAAUAAAAAUAAAUGCAUUGUAUCAUGCACACUUUUCCAUAAUGCAACCUUCUCUACCUUAACUUCAGUUUGCCUUUGUGUAAAAUCUUACUGUGUGGACCAAACUUGAGAUUCGAUUUUACAACCCGCCUCUCUUCAAACCAUCCGCUUUGUUUAGACUCCAGAAGCAGUGACAUCGGCCUGGCAUUCUCUAUCAGUGUUAAUCCCCUCUCCUCGAGUCAUAAGACAAUCUUGUGACAUUCCUUGAGACUUGCAUCUGAUUGCAUGUGCGGUAAAACCUUUUUAAACAAGAGACAAAACUGCUUUUAAAUUAGCCCGCUGCUUAAUUAUUUUAAAGUUUAGUUUAACAUGUAUAUGCAAUAGCAAAGGAAUACCUUGUACAGUUAAGAUCAGCAAAUGUUUACAUUAAAAAUAUUGAUAAGAUUACAAAUGCAGUAGGACGAAUGUACAGGUCCCUCUAGAACCUUUCACAAUGAUUUCACUCCUUUUAAUACAGGGAAUGUAUGAUCUACUGGGAUCUGGCCAUUGGGUUGUACUUUAUGUUGAAGUCGUGUCUAAACUUUUGAGACAAUCCUUAAGAAGGAGGAGUGGGUAAGGGCUGGGAGUUAAUGUUAACUAUGCAGUUUUAAAUAUCUGUGGUAGUACAUCUCUAAUGUAUCUGUGAGCUGUGAGAUAGGAUAUUGUACACAAAGUGAUAUUGAUUGUUGUUCAAUAUAUUAAUGGACUCUUGUUUAUUAGAGUGUUCAAGGUCUGUUGCCUGUAUUGAUAAUGCACUCCUGUUAAAAUACUUAUUGGACCACUUUUCUGGCAUCAAUGUGACCUUUAAUUUAGAAUUAAUAUUAUGUUUGUUUUUCAGCUCAUUCUCUAUUUAAAAUAUACUGGCUCCUGUUCUGUGAUGGUACUGUUAGCAAAUCACCUGUGUGUAUCUUCUGGAAUUUGUUUGAAUUGAAAUAGUCUUUACAGCCAUUUAUAAUAAAGUGCAUUGUUUUUAA